CCCUCCUGAGCUCAGUGGGCCCGCCCCUGGCGUGCGAAGGCUUUUCUAGGACUUGGCUGCGUCAUAACGCUGCUCCUCCCAGGCCAGGCUGCCCCGGCUGCGCGCUUCCGGCAGAUCCGCUUUCACUUCGCUGACUGAGACCAUGGGCGCUCUCCUGAGUGGUGGCCAGGAAGGCCCGGAGCCCGCGCAGCCCCAGCCUCCAGCUCCGGAGGGUCCGCAGCAGCCUCAGCCUGAGCCCAGCCCCUGGGGACCACUGGAUGAUGUGCGAUUUCUAAUCGCCUGCACAUCCUGGUACUGACCAGGUUACCCCUGGCCUCCGUGCCCUCUUGGGCCUGGCCUGAUUUUUCUCCCCUGACCCCAUGAUAUCCCGUCUGUCUCACUCAGGGGACUGAUGGGAACCUCAGACUUGUUCCCUUCCUUACCAGCCCCUAAGCCAGAUCACCCCCAAGCCGUUUUCCAGCUCUGUCCUGAGGCAACCUUCCGGAACCAGAAGAACCAGGACCAGAUGCAGGCCUCCUGGCAGGAUCCCGAUGCUGUUGAACUCUGGUUCCCCCUACGCUGGAACUGGGCUGCUGCAGGUGUCGCAGGUCAUGGUCCUGUGUGCUCUGUCUCCAGAGAAGCUUGCUAACAGUGACCUCCCAUACUCAUACUAGGGGGAGGACAUCUGACUGCUGGUUAGCACAUGCUUGAGGCAACUGCAGAAUUCCCCAGUGCACCCGUUUUCCCCGAAGCUUCUUAAGGGCACACUUAGGCCCUGGUCUUUGUUCCUGUACUCCAGGGAAAAGACACUGUAUUUCUGUUUUAUUUAGAAAUGAUUUAAAAAACAUUAUACAAAGGCUGAUCAGUUUAAAAUGUGACCGACACUGAAAUGCGGUGAUGUUACCCAGGCUGAGGGGAAGCUGAGCUCUGCGGCCCGGUGCUUUGCCCCUCUGACUGCUCUGGCCUGGGGUGAUGGACAAACAGAUGACUGCAGGCAGAAGAGUCCAAGAUUGGAAGCCUUAGGCUGAGCCCUCUGGGCCCCGCCCUGCACCCCUCACAUCUGCAGUCUGGGCCGCCUGCCUCCAUCCCCUGCUCGUCCUCAUCUGGUCUUGGAGUACCAGGAGCCAACAGGGGGCCUGCGGGGCCUGGAGCUUUCAAGAAGUGAGCACCAACCUGAGGAGACGGACCAGGAAGUUGGGGGAGGGGGCCCAGAUGAGAGGAAUAGAAAAGACAUUUACCUCAGACCCAGCCAGGGCCGCUUGGAUGGCAGGGGCGGAUAAGGCCUCCCUGUGCUUCUAAGGGCAAGAUGAGUACUACCCUCAGCCUCUCAGGGCCUUCAUGUGAGUGGACAGGUGUGAGCUAAUAAAGUGCUUGGCAAAGUAUAAAA